UAGAAAUCACGCUCUAACGGUUUUCCAUAUCCCGAGUAAUUCGCAGCCAAUUCCACCUUUGCCAUCUAAACACUAUUAUCUGUAAGUCGACUACUUUUUAUGAGAGCUUCCACCGCCAACCGAAAAUCGCACGAAAAAAGUCGAUGACGGAACCAACGUUCCGUCACUCUACACAGUCCCCCUUUCCUAAACAAUACGACCACAGCCCAGAGGGAAGUCAUAAAGGGUUCAUGACCGAUAAGGAUGGCUUUUCGUCAUCCUUUAUGGAGACCGUAGCAGGAUUCACGGCAGGGAUUGUUUCUACACUAUGUCUGCAUCCCUUAGAUUUGAUCAAAACCCGAUUACAAGUUGACCGAUCCUCAUCCUCUCGAGUGGGUGGUUCGCUUCGUGUCGUCCGCAGCAUAUUUCAGGAUGAAGGCGGCAUCACGGCAUUCUACCGGGGUCUGACGCCCAAUAUCAUUGGCAACUCCACCAGCUGGGCGCUUUAUUUCCUGUGUUACGGUAAUAUCAAGACUGCGAUGCGGACUUGGCGCAGCUCUCGGGAGGGAGAGCUCGCAUCCUCCGAUUAUUUUCUUGCCUCAGGGGCCGCAGGUAUGCUGACGUCUAUAUUGACAAACCCUAUCUGGGUCAUUAAGACACGGAUGUUAUCAACUAGCUCUAGUACACCUGGAGCGUAUGCGUCAUUCACUACUGGUGCAUCGCAAAUAUAUCACUCAGAGGGUAUUUCAGGUUUCUAUCGAGGUCUUCUUCCAGCUCUUUUUGGGGUUAGCCACGGUGCGCUUCAGUUCAUGGCUUACGAAAAUUUGAAAUUGCAUCGGAUCAAGAUGACCUCCGCAUUGGCUUCUGAAGAUGGUCAAGUGGGAUCAGGGCAGGUGCGGCGACGAGGACUCGGCAACCUGGAUUUCUUUAUCAUCUCUAGUCUCUCGAAGAUAUUCGCCGGGUGUGUCACAUAUCCAUACCAAGUAUUGCGGUCCCGAUUGCAAACUUAUGAUGCUCAUCUUAUGUAUCGGGGUAUUCAAGAUGCGAUUGUGCAGAUCUGGGUCAAGGAGGGCGUGGCCGGUUUCUACAAGGGUCUGGGGCCAAAUAUAUUGCGUGUGUUGCCAAGUACAUGGGUCACCUUUUUGGUGUAUGAGAAUACUCGAGCAUAUUUACCCGAUCUGAUUUCACGCGCCUAGAGCGCUUUUUGUCUUCACAAAAUAAUUUAACCUGUAUUCAUGAGACUCGGCCCUAUAAAAGAUCCUAGAUCUGUCCGCUCGUUUCAAGCCAAUGCAUGUAGUGUCAACUAUACUGUUGGCCUGCACUUUCAGGUCGAUACAUGCCAAGUGCUCGUGCAUAUGCU